UUAACAAGAACUUCGAAUUCUCCGUCUUUCUUGGAGACAAACGAGUAUUCCUUGAUCCAACCAACACCUACCCACCUUUUUUUAAAGCUAUACUCAUAAAUGCCUGUCUCAAAUCCACAUUUCUUUCACCAUUUCACGCCUCAAAAGCACCCCUUUACCUUUAUAGGCCGCUCCAAUGGCACUUCUAUCUCCAGCUCCCUCUGUUUCAAAGGAACCCUUGCCUUGUCCUCCCCUGAUGCAAGCCACCAAUUCCAAAAUUUUAUCAUUGAGAGCACAGACAAUCUUUGGUUCUAAAGGGAAAUUGGAUGGAAUUGAGCAGACCCAUUUGAAAUUGUGCACUGAUGCGAACAUUUCAGGCCUGAAAUUGAAGGCUUCAAUGGAGACUCCAGGGCUGACCAGGGAACCUAAAAGUGACAAGCUGGAGAGCCCUGUGGUAACUAAAAAUGGUAGCAAGUUAUUUGAUGAGAUGAAACUACGUUUUUUGAGUUUCAAAAAGCAUAAAUACAUGGAAAACCUGGAACAUUUUGAAAAUCUUGCCAAGGGUCAAGCACCUAAGUUUAUGGUGAUUGCUUGUGCAGACUCCAGGGUUUGCCCCUCAAGCAUCCUGGGAUUCCAACCAGGAGAAGCAUUUGUGGUACGCAAUGUUGCAAAUAUGGUCCCCUCAUAUGAGAGUGGACCAUCAGAGACAAAUGCUGCACUAGAAUUUGCUGUAAAUUCUCUUAAAGUUGAAAACAUUUUAGUUAUUGGCCACAGUUGCUGUGGAGGCAUUCGUGCGCUAAUGAGCAUGCAUGAUGAUGUAGAAACGAGUAGCUUCAUUGGAAGUUGGGUGGUAGUUGGGAUGAAUGCAAGAUUAAGAACAAAGGCUGCUGCCUCCAAUCUCAGUUUUGACCGGCAGUGCAGACACUGUGAGAAGGAAUCAGUCAACUGUUCAUUGGGAAAUCUCCUCACUUACCCAUGGAUAGAAGAAAAAGUGAGGAAUGGUGAACUCUCCAUUCACGGUGGCUACUAUGACUUUGUUGACUGUACAUUUGAGAAAUGGACCUUGGAUUACAAUGCAAGCAAUUGGAAGGAAGAAGGUGGCAAAGUUGCUACAAAAAACAGAACAUUUUGGUGCUAAAUCUACCUUUGCUUUUUAUGUUGUAUUAUUAUGUGUUUUUAAUGUUCUUCUGGUUUGUGUCUUUUUUUAAUAGAUAUCACAACAGUUGAAGAAUGAUGUUACUACCUUGUUGUAUGUGUGUUGCAAACUUGUAGUUAUAUUUUUCAUUUUCUGUUUUAGUCUCAACUUUUGUAGAAUUCUACCACCUUCAUGCAUCAUUGCUCAUUUGGCAGAAAUAAUUUGCAGUUGCAGAUUCUAGUA